GACAAUGCAUGUGAGAAGACUUCAUAUAUGUUUCUGCGGAAGGAACUUCCUGUGCGACUAGCUAACACCAUGAGAGAAGUCAAUUUAUUGCCUGAUAACUUACUUAACAGGCCUUCAGUUGGGCUAGUACAGAGUUGGUAUAUGCAGAGUUUCCUUGAGCUUUUAGAAUAUGAAAAUAAAAGUCCUGAGGAUCCUCAUGUUCUGGAUGACUUUUUAGACGUUUUAAUUAAAGUCAGGAACAGACAUAAUGAUGUGGUUCCAACCAUGGCACAAGGGGUGAUUGAAUACAAGGAAAAAUAUGGCUUUGAUCCAUUUGUUAGCAGUAACAUCCAGUAUUUUCUUGAUAGAUUCUACACCAACCGCAUCUCUUUCCGUAUGCUUAUUAACCAACACACACUUCUUUUUGGAGGAUCUAUUAAUCCUGCUCAUCCCAAACAUAUUGGAAGUAUUGAUCCUAAUUGCAAUGUGGCAGAGGUGGUUAAAGAUGCUUAUGAAACAGCAAAGAUGUUAUGUGAACAGUACUACCUUGUGGCACCUGAUCUGGAAGUUGAAGAAUUCAAUGCUAAAGCUCCAAACAAGCCUAUUCAAGUAGUCUAUGUACCUUCUCAUUUGUUUCAUAUGUUGUUUGAAUUAUUCAAGAAUUCAAUGAGAGCUACAGUGGAAUUGCAUGAAGGUAAGAAAGAAGGCUAUCCAUCGAUCAAAACCUUAGUCACUUUGGGGAAAGAAGAUCUAUCUAUUAAGAUAAGUGAUCAAGGUGGAGGUGUACCUUUAAGAAAAAUAGACAGAUUGUUUAACUACAUGUACUCAACAGCACCCAGGCCCAGUUUGGAGCCCUCGAGAGCUGUGCCUUUGGCUGGGUUUGGCUAUGGCUUGCCAAUUUCUCGUCUGUAUGCGAGGUACUUUCAAGGUGACCUUAAACUCUAUUCAAUGGAGGGCGUUGGUUCAGAUGCUGUAAUUUAUUUGAAGGCCCUUUCAAGUGAAUCAUUUGAAAGACUUCCCGUUUUUAAUAAGUCAGCAUGGCGACACUACAAGACCACACCUGAAGCAGAUGACUGGAGCAAUCCUAGCAGUGAACCAAGGGAUGCUUCUAAAUAUAAAGCAAAUCGAUAAUUUCCCACCUUUUGUCUCUGUUGGAGAUGACGUCUGCAUUCAGUAUAAAGUCUCUGCUUUGUUCCAGAAUCCUUCGAACCACAAUAGCUAAUUACUUCCAAACAAAGACCUAAUCAGGACCGUGAAAAACAGUAAGAACAAAGUGAUGAUUGGAACUUAAAGGGAGGCACUAAGCAUGUUUGGUAUGUGAAUCCUGCCUACUUCACCAGAAUAUGCUUGGUUGCUUCAGUCAUGCAUUGACAGAAGGGAUUGCACUGUGAUUGCACUUAAGAAUACAAAGUUGUAACAAAAAGAUACUAUUGAAAUGGCCAAUUUUUUUUCACUGUAAGGAUUGGCAACGUGUGAAGAAUCCCUUUAGAUGGUGAAUAGUAUCUUGCACAGCAAUAAGGCAUAAGAGAAAAAGUAUAAUGUAGGUAAACAUACGCUUUGAAAAUCCACUCUUUGCUGCAUUUUAUAUUGCACCGUGUCACCUCUUACAAAAAACUCCCUUUGGGCUCUUCAGGUUUUCUAUAUAAUGAGCUUAUAAAUGCAUAGUACUAAAAAGGGUUGUGCAGCUUUAAAAUGAUGCUUUCCCUGAAUUCCCAAAUCCAUUUGUCAAGUGCAUACAAAAGUUACGUUGUUAUAAGACAGUAGUUUUUUUCCACGUGGUGGUAUGCACCUUAAUGAUUUUCUUGACAUGCAAACACAAAUGCAUUUCUAUAUAUUUUUCCUAGUUUUAAAGAGAGAUCGUAAGUCGUUAGAUCAUUUCUCCAUACAAGAAAUUCUGUCAAUAUAGAGGCAGGGGGUAAUUCAAUUUCAUGUUUAUAGUUUUUGGGGGUUGGGGAGGGGAGAGAAAUGCGGAAAAGCCAGGCAGCAAGUCAUACAAAUGAAUUUGCCUUAAGACUGUUAGUUGAUUAGAACCUGAAUAGUUUAAAACCUGUAAAUAGUUUCCAAAGUUAUUUAUAUAUUCAAUGUCUCACUAUAGUCUGGUAAUCUGAAUUUGUAGUGUAUAUAAAGAUGAUGCACACCAGCGUUUGGAAAGUGUCUUUGGUCUAGACACAUGAAACUGGAAAUACCACAGAA